UCCUUAUAUGUACAUGUCCACUGUUAAUAAGUCUAACCCUCCUACAUUGGCAUGUGGGGGAUACACUAAUGAAGGAGGGUCUUUCUAUACCUGUCACACAUAAGUCAUGUUUUCCACCUCGCACCUCUUUUUUUAGCUGCCAAUUAAAACCACAUCUUCAGAUCAAGCACCAUAAAAAAGCCGUGUACUGCAUCCACUCAUCUAGUUUAUUCUCAAUCAAACUGAAACAUGAAGCUCCUUAAUUUGUCUCUUCUCAUUUGCUUUGGAAUGGACUUACUGACACAUAUUCAAGGACUUGAAGGUGAUCUCAUCAAAGGACAAGUCUGCUUGGAAGCAAAGCCAUCAAGGGGCCAGGGAUUACCUUUAAUAUUAAUUAAGGAUUACAGUGAGCAAACCAAUCCAAUUAAAGCGAUCUUGUUUAUAACCAAAAAGAAUCGAACCAUAUGUGCAAAUCCAGAAGAGAACUGGGUAAAAUUGGCAGUACAGUAUCUGAAAAGAAAAGCAGAGAAAAAAAACAAGUCAACAGUAACAACAGCAGCAACCAAAGUAACAACAGCAAAAGAGGAAUGACAAACUUUGUGCAGGAAAUUUUGUAAUUAACAUUUUUAAACAAUCAUUUAUUAAAAAAAUUUAAAAACUGUAUGAUCUUUAAAGUAUGGUAAUGAAUUCUAUAAGGAAUUUGUGUCAUAAUUUGAAAAACAGCCCUGAAUACAAAGACAACAAAAAUCAACCUAUUGAGAUAGUCAACAGUGUUUAG